UAACGAAUAAAAUUUUAUUAUUAUAAUUUAAGAAUGGAAGAUUCAAAAGACACGGAUAAACAACCUUUAAUAAACAUAACAAACUAUAGAAAACUAGUAAAAGAUUUCAUGAAUUUGCAAGACCACAACACGGCAUUGUUUUGGGCAGAUAAAGUUUGUGCCUUAUCAAAUGGUGAUCCUAUGGAUGUCUACAACAUGGCGCAGUGUAUGUAUUCGUUAAACGAAUACCACAGAGCCAGUGAAGUUAUAAAACAGUACAAUUUGCACAAAACUAACAUGAUGUGUCACUAUUUAGCAGUUAAAUCUUUGGUUCAAGCUAAAAUGUUUGCAGAGGCUCUGGAUUUAUUGAAUAGUGCUGACAACGAGCCAAAUUUUAAUGGAACUAGUUUUGCAGAUGCUGAGUCUAUUAUUGAAGAUAAAAGUAAAAUGAGGAUUUAUGCCUUGUUGAAUUAUUUAAGGGGCCAAGUCUUUGAAGCUUUAGAUAAUCGAGUUUUGGCUUGUGAGUAUUACAGAAUGGCUAUACAGAAUGACGUGCAUUGCUAUGAGGCUUUUAAUGCUUUGGUGCAACAUCAAAUGUUAACCGCUCUUGAAGAAAAACAAUUACUGGAUUCCUUACCUUUUAAUCAACAAUGCACUGAAUCUGAAUCAGUGAUUGUGCGGUCCUUGUACGAAGGCUUAUUAAAGAAAUUCCAUUCAAAUACAUCUAAAGCUACAAACUCUGAAAUCCUUACACAAGACGUGGAUAUGCAAAGUACAAUUUCAGAACUAAAAGUUAUAAUUAACAAAAAUGAUGCAUCAAAAUUGACAAAAUCAAAUUGGAACACAAGCGUUCAUGUUUCUUUACUACAGAAUCAAUCAGUUACCAAUAAUCCGACAAAAAUAAAGCGGCUUGACCAAAGCUUUGAUGUCCAAGUUUCCCAAGCUGAGAUGCAUUUUUACAACUGCCGGUACAAACAAUGUUUAAAAUUAACAGAAGCAAUUUUGAAAAAGGAUCCUUUCCAUGUCGGUUGUUUAAAAGUGCACAUCAGCUGUUUAUCAGAAAUGUGUAACUACAACAAACUCUUUUAUCUUGCACAUAAACUUGUUGAUUUGUACCCGGAUAAAGCUAUUUCGUGGUAUGCUGUUGGAUGUUAUUAUUACAUUAUUGGUAAAAGUGACCCUGCACGCAGAUACUUAGCUAAAGCUACUUCACUAGACAAGUUACUAGGACCAGCAUGGUUAGCUUAUGGACACAGCUUUGGUGUGGAAAAUGAGCACGACCAAGCAAUGGCUGCUUAUUUCAAAGCUUCACAACUUAUGCGUGGUUGCCAUUUACCCAUGUUGUACAUCGGUUUGGAGUGUGGUUUAACAAAUAAUAACAAACUAGCAGAGAAGUUUUUCCAGCAAGCUGAAAAAAUAGCUCCAGAAGAUCCUUUUGUUAUACACGAAAUGGGUGUUAUAGCUUUUCAUAACCAGGAUUAUCAAACUGCUGAAAAUAAGUUCAGAGAAGCCUUAGCUAAAGUUUCAUCCGGUGAUUGUUUGGUGAAUGAAUGCUGGGAGACUUUGAUAAACAAUUUGGGACAUGCUUGUCGCCGCAAUGGUAAACUACAAGAAGCCUUAGACUUCCACAAACAAGCGCUAAGAAUAGAUCCCCAAAAUCCUAAUACCUAUGCUGCUAUUGGUUUUGUGCAGGCUUUAAUGAAACACACUGCGCAAGCAGUUGAUUCGUUCCACAUAGCCUUGGGUUUAAGAAGGGAUGACACAUUUUCUACAACAAUGCUCAGUUUAACAAUAGAGCAAUUAAUGGAAGAAGAUUUAUCCCCUGACGAUUUUCCAAAUGAUCCUUUAAAACUUAAAGGUAUUGAGUUGAGAGAAGGCACCAGUGCACCUAUUAAACUCAUAACACCAGAAAAACCUUCACAAAGUGUAAGUGGUCCAUCUCAAUCUGCAAAUAUUUCAGUAAUGAACGAAACAAACGUCGACGAAAUGAGUAUGAGCAUGGAAGAGUAACUGAAGUGCUUAAUUAUUA